ACUCUAUGUUUAUAGUUCCUAAGAAGAUCUGCCAAUUGGGCUCACAAUGUUUAACCAAUUACUGAUUCAAGCAAAGUGAAGGCAGAGUGGAGAAUUUGCAGGAAGAGGUGAAACAAGAUCGUCAUGGAUCUAAUCCUCAAACCACAACAGUUAUAGGAUAUAAACAAGGAAAUCAGAGUACAGUCAUUAUUGAAGAAGAGAAUUGAGCAGUUUGUUUGAAUAAAAUAGAAGAUUACGAAGUUACAGAAAAGAUUAAAUGUGGACACAAAUUUCACCCACCUUGCAUCCACACAUGGCUUUCAAUAAAAACUAGAUGCCCUAUUUGUAGAAAAGUUAUCAGAGAGGACUAAUUUUACUAAUUCCCUUAAAAUC